CGGAACCGGCCCGUACCCCCGGAAGUAGUUGUCUGUAGCGGGCCUUGGGGUCGGUGGCGGAGGCUUUCCGGGAGCUGUCGCCAUGUUCCUCUCCGCCGUCUCCUUUGCCAAGAGCAAGUCAAAAACCAUUCUGGUGAGAAUGGUAAGCCAAGCGGGGACGGGUUUCUCCUUCAACACGAAGAGGAGCCGGCUACGGGAGAAACUGACUCUUCUGCAUUAUGAUCCAAUUGUGAACAAAAAAGUCCUCUUCGUGGAACAGAAAAAAUUACGAUCCCUUUAAAUAUUGGACUGCAAAUGAAUUUGAUUUAUAAAUGAGAAGACUAAGGGUGGGAUACUGAUUCAGAAACCUGCAGUGCGUAAUGAAAGAAGAGGAAAUGGCAUGGAAUCAGUGCCUCCUGUGAUUUGAAGGCCAUUGUGAAGGAAAACAAUGCAGUGAAAGAAAAUUCUUCAUAUUAGGACAUAUAUCAUUGCAUCAUAUUUAUUUAUCUUUCUGGAUAUUUUUAUAGCCCUUAAUAAAAAAUAUUAAAAUA